UCCCGUGUGACCUGCGGGACGGAGAGGAAGUCCCCAGUCAAGUGUGACGAGUGUGAGGGAGCGCGACCACAAGGAAGCAUCCGGUAAAGGGGCGUGGCAGUUUCACACGGAGUUUCAGUCGCCGCUCUCAACUUGGAACAGAAGGUUUGGUUUCGUGAGGACGCCAUGAAGAUUCUGUAGGCGCCGACUACAACGCUGCUGCCAUCUCCUUCAAGUGAAAUAUUGUUUUUUCUUUUAAACACCUGCUGAUCAUCUUGGUGAGGAAACACGACAAGAAGAGAACAUAAAGGAAGAAGUAAAGACAUGGCGGACUCACCUGACGCGUGCGUGACGGUGGACGAGGACACGCCGCUGAACACCGUCCCGGGGUCAGGCGAGAUGCAGCACGGCGCCGUGCCGGACGGCGCCAAGUGGGGACCUCGCUUCUACAACAAGCACCACAGGGUGUUGUCCAUCUGCAGCGUCGUCUGCGGCGUCUCCUGCAUCGGAAUCAAGGCGCUCAUCGAGUCCGUGAAGGCCGAGUGGGAACCGAACGAGAAGGCGUCCAGGAAGUUUUCGCGGCGAGCCAGAAAGUUUGCCAUCAUCUCCAUCGUGACGUGGUUUGCCAUCCUGGUCUUGGCGCCGCUCCUGAUGGCGCUCAUCUCCUACUUGGUCACGCUGCUAGACUGAGACGGACGUCACGGGAGAACACGCAGACUUGUACAAACAUGUUUAUAGGCUGAUAUUUAUUUAUUGUCCACCAUGACGACGCUCGGUAUAAAACUACAAGCUGGCGACAACUACUUCAUAACAAUUCCACAAUACUGAAGGCAGUAGAGAAGCCAAUAAAUUAGUCGACAUGGCAGUAACGUAAUUAUUGCAUUCUUACUUUAUUAAUAACUGCCUCUAUGUGUUGUGCUUUUAUAGAAAUAAACGAUUUUUAUA